GGUAGUUUACAUAUCCAUUUUAUCACGAAAAAGACUUUAUUUGAACACCUUGGCCAUUGUUUGUGGAUCUUAAAAUUGAAAAAGAAAACAGAGGCCUUUGGGACUGGUUAGGUUGUGGUUGGCCUCGAUUUUUUUCCUUAAUUUUCAAGCCUGGCUGUUUCAAACCCUGAUUUUUUCCAAUUUCAGAUUUGCGAUUGUGUGAGCGACGAUGUAUAAUGGCAUUGGAUUGCAGACUCCUCGCGGCUCGGGUACCAAUGGAUACAUUCAGAACAACAAGUUCUUCGUUAAACCGAAGGCUGUGAGAGUGGAGACCAAGGAAAUCGAGGAGGGGCAGGGCGCCGGCGGGGUGUCGCGGAAGGCGAAUCCCCAAAUUCUGGAGCAUGAUCGCAAGCGCCAGAUCGAACUCAAGUUGGCUCAGCUGGAGGACACUCUCGCCGACCAGGGCUUUAGUGAUCUCGAAAUACUGCAGCAGCUCGAAGAAUCGAGGAAAAUCUUGGAGGCUCAAGACACUUCGCCUCCCGACUCGCAAAAGGUGUCUGAGACACAAACCCAUCAAAUUGCAGCCAAAAAAGAAAGGCAAUUAGAGGUUUUCAGGGCUGCCUUGGGUCUGGGAGAUAUAGAGGAGGGACAGGUUUUUGAUGGAGAUCUUCAGGAGCAACGUAAGCAGGAAAGAAUAGCAAGGGAAGAAAGAGAGCAGGAGCGUCAUCAGAAGCUUCUGGAGCAGAAAGAGGAGGAAAGAAGAAAGGAAAAGGAAUGGAAGAAGGCCAUGAAAGAGGAGCGAAGGCAGAAAGAAAGAGAGGAAAAAGAAAGAGAGCAAGAAGAAAGCAGGAAAAAGAAGCUUGAGAAAAAAGCACGGAUUGGGUCUGAGGAGAUUGGCAGGAAAAGAAGAGAGGAGCAGAAACCAGACAGCACAAGAAAACAAGAAGAUAAGAGGCGUCGGAGAAAGGAAAAUUUCAAGCAUUCUGAUACGGGGAGGUUAGAUAUCAGUCAGAAGUUAGAUGGGAGGCAUCAUGAACGUAGGCAUGCUGAAGAUAAAGAUUCCAAAAAAUAUGAGGGAAGAAGAAAGACAUACGAAGAUGAGACUGACAGCGAGAGUGAGAGUGACAUGAAAAACAAGAGUAAAAGAUCAGGAAAACAUAAUAGCAAGUAUAAUGAUGAUAGUGAAAGUGAAAGUGAAAGUGAAAGCGAAAGUGACAGUGAGAGCAGUGAGACCGAUAGUGACAGUGAUAGUGACACUAGUUCUCGAACCAGCAGUGAAAGUGACAGUGAGAGUGAUGUUGACACAAGGAGCAGAAGGAAGAUAUCAGGAAAGCGUGAAGAGAGGACAUAUCAGGAUGCAAAACGGAGUGAAAGUGAUGGUGAUAUAGGGAGCAGGAAGGAAAAGAACUACAAGAGGAUUAGGAAUUAUGCAGAUGAGAGUGAUGGUGCAAAGGAUGGUACCCUUAUUAGAAAAAAGUCAGAAAAGCAUGAAGAGAGCAGAAAACGGAAAUAUGAAAAUGAAAGUGACAGUGACAAGGGCAUAAAAUCUGUAAAUAAAGUCCCUAAGAAAAGGGAGUCAGACACUGAAUUAUUUGAGAGGGUAGUGGAAAGGAGGGAGAAAAGGAGUAGAUAUGAUCAUGAUAAUGAUAUUGAAGAUAACAUUUAUGAACAUGCUGGAAAAAAUUUAGAGAAAUAUAAUAGAAAGUCUAUAAAAGAUUCUGGUGGAAGGAAUGAGAUUUACAAAGGAACCGAACAUGAUGAUAUUAUGUAUGGUGCAGAGGGAAAAUACAAGAACAGAAAUAUGGAGAAGAAUCUUUCUGAUCAUAGAACUGAUAAGCAUCAUACCUCGGUAAAAAGACAAGAUAAUACAGAGCCUAGAAGGCUUGGGACAAUGGGAGAAAGAAGAAAUCGUGAUAGAGAUGCUAUGGGUGAGAGAGGGCAUGCUAUUAGAGACAGUAGGAAUGCGGAUCACAAAGCUCUAUCAUUUCAUCAUGGCGCAAGAAGAUAUGAAGAAGAGAGUGGUGGGAAUGUUUACGAGAGAGAUUCCCAAAACCCUGACAGGAGGAGAGAAAAAAUAUAUGAGGGUAAUGAUGACAUUGACAGGAGACGUGCAUCUAGAAGUGAUGAAGUAAAGGAUAACUGCAAAAUUUCAGGUAUGAGCAGAGGUAAAUAAAAGCAUGAUGAAGAGAGUAAUAAAGAUGAUUGUUAAUUCAUCAGUUAUGAAACUAAGGGCACAUAAUAGUCAAAGAAUGUUUGCAUGAGCUUCCAAGCUCCUUGGGUUGUUAUUUUGUACAAUUUACUAUGUACAUGGUAUUGGAUUUAUUUUCUUUCUAUGUAGACAUAUUACUAAAAUGUAAAAGGUUUUAUGUUUUAGUC